UCUGUUACUUCUGACGACAGCUCAGAUGUGUUGGGUGUCAUUAUAUGCAAUGUAGCCUAUACUUAACAUUAAAAAGUAUCGAUAUUUAAUUUUCUAAACUGCAUUGUUUGUAUUGAUACCGACUUGAUACAUAAUGACUGGUGGUGCGUUUCUUUUUUCCAGGGUAAUACUUGAGUGUUUCCGGACAGUUCUAGGUCAACCCGACUGUCGAAUUACCGAUAAAUUCCGGAGACAGCCGAAUAGAAUUCCGGAAGUGGUAGUGUACAUAUUGUGCGAGUAGGUUUACAAUGGGGGAAUAUGCAACAGAACCAAUCAAAUUGUGUUACAAUUUAUUUUAAACAACUGAAAUAAGAAAACGAUUGAAACCAACAUUAUACGAUCCCCUGUUCUGAAUCCAGUGCUGUAGAACUCCCCAGAAUAAAGAGCCGUGAUACAAGGAUACUAUGUCAGAAUAACAUUGAUGUAGAAAGCAGGCAGCAGUGAGGGACGAUGCAGUCUUCAGGUCACCGGCUCCGGGAUGUGGAGCACCACCCCCUUCUCAACAACGAGGAGGACUUUGAUGGGCCGUCCUCCGAGAGCGAGCUACCCGACCGGAUCUGGUUCAUCCGGGACGGCUGUGGCUUGGUCUGCGCGUUCAUCACCUGGUUCCUGGUCCUCUACGCAGACUUUGUGGUGACUUUUGUCAUGCUGUUGCCUUCCAAGAACUUUUGGUACGCCUUGAUCAAUGGAGUUGCUUUCAACUUCCUGGCAGUGCUAGCCCUCACGUCCCACCUCCGGACAAUGCUGACAGACCCUGGAGCUGUGCCAAAGGGGAAUGCCACUAAAGAGUACAUGGACAGCCUGCAGCUAAAGCCAGGAGAGGUGAUCUAUAAGUGCCCCAAGUGCUGCAGUAUAAAACCUGAGAGGGCGCACCACUGCAGUAUUUGCAAGAGAUGUAUUCGAAAGAUGGAUCACCACUGUCCCUGGGUAAACAACUGCGUUGGGGAAAACAAUCAGAAAUUCUUUGUACUCUUCACAAUGUAUAUAUCAAUCAUCUCUGCUCAUGCCCUCAUCUUAGCCGGCUUUCAGUUUUUCACCUGUGUCAAAGACCAGUGGACAGAAUGCAGCGACUUCUCCCCCCCGGCAGCGGUGAUCCUGCUGAUCUUCCUCUGCCUGGAGGCGCUACUCUUCCUCACCUUCACAGCCGUGAUGUUCGGAACUCAAAUCCACUCCAUCUGCAAUGACGAAACGGAAAUCGAAAGGCUGAAGAACGAGAAGCCCACCUGGGAGCGGCGGGUGCGCUGGGAGGGCAUGAGAACGGUGUUCGGGGGCCAGCCCUCCCUACUCUGGAUCAACCCCUUCGCUGGCCUGAGACUGCGACGCCUGCUUUCCAGGACAAGAAAAGGGGGAGCCGAGUUCUCCGUCUGAGCCCCGUCACACACUGCUCUAUACCAAUAUCCUGUAUGUGUAUAGUUAUACAUGUGCAGUACAAAUACACAUUUUAAAGACAGUCAGUCUUCUAUAUGUAACAGGAUUGCAUCUGUAUUUUAAGCUGGGACUAGUUAGUUGUUGCUUGUCGUCAGCAAGACUUGAGUCUUAAUACUGAUGAAUGACCAGGAUCUCCAUGAGAUUGCCUGAAUUGCUGUCUUUUUUUGGCAGGUGUUUUGAUUGCUGUUUUUACUUUUAAAUGAAGACUUUUAACAUGCCCUAAUGUCUACCCUAAAGGAACUCUGUUGGGAAAAAAAAAAAAAAAAAAAAAGGAACUCAACCGAUGCCUAGAGAGACUCUUUGCUUUUAAUAAAUGGUCAGUAAUGAACACUAGGGUGCCAAAAUCACCCUGGUGAGGUUCAGCAUGGGCUGUAAAGGCACUGGUCUUGUGUGCUGGAUCAUCCUGGAUCAUUGCUGCUCACUUGCUCGUUAACAGUUCCCAGGCCAAUUGUAGGUCUGAAAUAUGUAGUAAUUGCUACUAUGUCUGUGUAAAGAGCUAGUUAGGAAACCACUAUAAACUCCCCUGAAAGAUCUUACUCAAGAGGUUUCACAAUUAUUUUUAUUUUAUUGUGUGUUUGAGGCUCUAAAGGAUGUAGUUCUAGUUUUAGCAGAUUACAGGAAAUAAUGUUUAAUUACAUCCACAUUUUAUGAAUGGACAUACUAAAAUUACUUCAAUUAUUGGUUUUUUUUUUUUUUUUCUGUAAUCGCUCAUGUUGUAUAUAUUUUAAAACAUCAAUCCUCAAGGCUUAGGCGUACGAUUGUUUAGCAGGUUUAAUUCUGCUUUUGAGUCGGAAUCAAUUAAUCCCAGGGCAGUAUAUUGGCUUAGACUGGGUGUCUGAUUUCAGUAUUUCCAGCCGUUUUCAAAGCUACUUCAUCAACAUACAACAGCUGAGACAAAUAUAUAUAUAUAUCAAUGUUAGUUUUCUGCAUAAAUAAAUUAAAACCAGAAUGAGAUACGUGUUUAAUAUGACUUUGCAAAUAGAAAAUGUGUAUUGGACACAAGCUUAAUUUACAAACAAGCUCAAAUUUGAGAUACAGCAUCUUUAUGCUGUCCUCAAAGUAUAGGGACUUGAUGCAAGCUCCUUCUGUUUGGAUGAUGUCAAGCAGAAGAGCUACUGCACAGAGCCCUGCAAAGUGAUUUAAAUAGUCUGCAGAUGUGAAAGAAAGUGUGCCAAAGAGCAAUGAAAUUUGGUGGCAGCCACAAUACCCAUGGGGGAGAUACGGUUGGUACAAUGCUUCAGAAGAGGCGCUGUCUGUGUCGCCUACCAGGUUUCACUGUUGUAUGGCAUGUAUCUUUCCCAGGCAUAUCUGCAAACUGGCUAAGCAUUUUUUUUAUUAAACCAUGUACAUAAUUUAGGUACUGGAAUAUUUGCAUACAAUAGGAUAACCUUUUAAAAUGGUUUCCUAACACAGAACAGCUAUCCACUUUAGAGGCUGUCUCCGCAAGAUAUGUUGCUAUAGUCACAGAAUUUGGAUUUCAAGUGCAGUGGUGGAAUUGUACAGGAAGAACCAUAUACUUUGUAUUGCCUGAACAAGACCCCCCCCCCCCCCCCAUCAGAGCACACCCUAUUCCCGUUUUCUAAUGACUGACCAUAAAAAUCUACAAGCACAGUGAACAAACAAAAAUAACAGUAGAUAAUUGCUUAAUUUAUUCAUGUAUCUUUUGAUUUUAACGCAAAUGCUGCACAAUCAUGCAAUUCCCGUAGACUAUACUGUAGUGUGCAUGCUCGUCAUCCCUGCAUUACUGCUGCUGUUUAAUAGAAAAUGAACACCAGUGUCAAGUUUGGUAUACUUAGAGAAUUUGUUAAGUGUACCAUUUAUGUUUCUAAUUAAUCUCUAUUGCUUUUUUUUUUUUUUUCUUUUGGUCACCGUAUUGGAGAUAUACAGAGUGAUUAGAAAGUUUACCACAUGAAUGAUAUGGUGCAUUGAUGUGGUAAACUUACUUUCUAAUCACCCUAUGUAUGUGUGUGUGUGUAUAUAUAUAUAUAUAUAUAUAUAUAUAUAUAUAUAUAUAUAUAAUUAUUCACGUGUGUAAAUCCUAUUGCUGCGCUAUCACUACAGUUUUGUUUGAGGACUACUGUAUUAAGAUUUGGUUGCCCAUUAAGCCUGACAGCAAAUGUUUUCAUGCCUGGUUUAAUUGUAAUUAAUUCAGCUGAACUCUUAAGUAUUCCUCCUCCGUUGAUUAGUACAUGUAUCAAUAAGAAUGAUCGAUGUGGUUUCUAAUGUAUUCAUAACUUUAGUAGUAAAGAGCAGAAUUACAGAACAGAGCUACCUUGUUAUAAGCCAGACCUCUAUACCACAGGACUGGUUAAAAGGCAGUACAGUCUUGGCUCCCAGUUGCUCCAAAAUGGCAUUUCACUUGCACUAGUAUUCUCGUUAUCAGGCAGAUUACAUCAUGAUUAUUAUUUAAUUAUUUAGCAGGCGCUUUUAUCCAAAGCUACAUACAGAAAUUAAACGGCAUACAAAAAUAGUAAUUCAAAAAUGAUUGAGGCAGCACAAAAAAAGUGCCACAAAAGUGUAACUGAUCUUUAGUUAUUGUAAGGAGAUCAUUUGAUAUAAUUAGACAUUGUUAUCCUCAGCUGUAAUAAAUUGCUUAUGCACAACUUUGGACUGAUAUGGAAAAGCGUAAUGCAACAUGUUUUAUUACCAUUUCAAUUAGUGCAAUUGGGCAGAUUGGCAAGUGGACUUAUGACACAAGUAAACAUUGUUGUGAUAUUGCAAUUUAAGGCUAAACAAAAUCUAUAUAGACAUAGCUAGAUGCAGUCAUUACUUUAAAAAUAGGCCAUUGUACGUUAUCACUUGGAAUUGUAAAGUCCAUUUACAAAAUAUCUAAAUCCAAAUCUCUAAAUCCAGCCAGCCCUAAUGGCUGCAACACCUGUGAAUCUACACAGAUGCCUACAACUUGUUUUGAAAAUAGAUUGUAGCCUGAGUUUGAAAAACUAUACUUUUUUUAAUUAAUUCAAUUUAGAAGAGACUUAAAAAGUAAGUAGUGGGGUUCAGAAAAAUAAAGUGUUACAAGUCCCCAUUUGUUGCUACAACUGUUUAAAUAACGGACCUGUAAUUUAAAUGACAGGUACCUUAUUUAAACAGUUGCAGCACGUGUGGAUGUGUAAUGCUAUAUUUUUCCAAAACCCGCUACUUACCCAUUAAGUUUCCAGUACAGUGGCAGAAUACUUGUUUAUCUUGCCUCCCCUACUAUUGUGCCUCCAUAAAAGUCAAUGCAGAUUAUAAUGAUAAACCAGGAUUUUUAAAUGGCCUAAAACUCUUUGGUACCGUACUGUUUUAGCAUGUACCUUUGGAGUGACUAUGGUUUGAGUCCUCUCUUAAGAAGACUUUCUCCUUUUGCUAUAACACUAAUAAAUGUAAGCCCUGUCUUAAUCAGUUAGUCUAUUAUAUUGGAGCCUGACCAUUAGAAUUUUGGUAAAGCUUUUGGUUGUGUGGGAAAGGGCUCAGUAGGGGUUGGGGUUUUAUAAGAAAUAUUGUUUAUUUUUUUUGGUAUUAGUGGUGACAAGCUUGUUCCUAUCCCAAUUAUUCCCAUAUUUUAGAAACUUGUUUUGUAAGAGAAACUGGAAGUGUUAUUAAUGUAAUGAGCCAUGUAAUGCAAGAGGGGAACGGUUCAUCAGAAGACAUAAACAUAGAUCAGCUGUCUCUUUAUUUUUAUCACUUAAAAGAAGUAUAUCAUAAAGAUCUGUCAUUGUAUCCCGAACUGUCUGUUUGCCAUUAGUGUUUCUUAUAAAAUGGUGCUAAACAGGGUUUUACAAAUUUGAUGUAUUACUAUCAAGGCAUUUGCCAAAGUGUGUAUCAUACAACAAAUGAUUCUGUUAAUGGAGUUGCAACUGUUCCAAUGUAUUGUUAUUAUGAAUGAUUGGGUAUGUUACAGAUUUAUUUUAGGAGUAAGACAAGGAAAAACAAUGUAGAUAAAGAAACUGGAAAUAUAAUUUAGUUAUUUGUUUGUUGUUCUAUGUCUUCUAACUCUCUGUUUGCAGUUUGUUUAUCAUGAUGGUGAACGCUUGGUAUCGGGUACAUAUUGCAAAGACCCAAAACAGUGUGACUGUAUUUUGUCCCCAAAAUAUAGGCUUUUGCAUUGUAUUUAUCA